AUGGAGGCCUUCAAGACAGGCUUAAUAAAAGAACUGGAAAAUAUGGAAAUAAAACCACGGCACUUCAAUCUAACUAAAGAGGAAAGAACAGCCCUAAAGAACUUAGAAAAGAAUUCCAAUAUAGUAAUAAAACCGGCUGAUAAAUGGGGAGGAGUGGUAGUUAUGGAUUUUACCAAGUAUGAACAGGAACUUGAGAGGUUAAUAUCAGAUGAGACGACCUAUGUGCCCCUGCAAGAAAAUCCCACAUCCAAAUAUCAGAGCAAGCUAAAUAUAUUCCUGAAGUCCGGCUUUGAGCAAAAUAUCCUGAAUAAAAGAGAGUUAGAUUAUCUCAUGAUUAAAUCCCCAGUAGUCCCAGUCAUAUACCAACUUCCAAAAAUCCACAAAGAUUUGACCAAUCCCCCGGGGAGACCCAUAAUUUUGGGGAUUGAUUCACUGAGCAGCAGGUUGUCAGAAUAUGCUAACUUCUUUCUACAGAAGUAUAUGGUUAGUGCGCCCUCGCAUUUUCGGGAUACGGGGAGUGUUAUUGAUGUGGUCAAGAAUUUUGGUAGUAUUAAAGAUAUCAACAAUUUUUGGCUGGCGACUGUGGACGUGACAUCGCUGUAUACCAGCAUCCUGUCCACCGUCAGACUGAGAGCGAUUAAAGCUGCAUUGGCUAAGGAUGAGUUUAUGCCAGAACAACAGGGUCAAUUCAUCCUAGAUAAAACCCUCAAGCUGGAGGUGUCAGGAGGCGGCGUGAUUAGGGGGCCGGCGGGCAAUAAUGAUUGCCGCAUUUACGUGGGGAACUUGCCCCCUGAUAUCCGCACCAAGGACAUCGAGGACGUGUUCUACAAGUACGGCGCCAUCCGGGACAUCGAUCUGAAAAAUAGGCGAGGAGGUCCUCCGUUCGCUUUUGUAGAAUUUGAAGAUCCGAGGGAUGCAGAAGAUGCUGUUUACGGACGUGAUGGGUAUGAUUACGAUGGGUACCGUCUACGCGUUGAAUUUCCACGAAGUGGUCGAGGGGCAGGAGGAGGAGGAGGUGGAGGAAGAGGAGGAGGUGGUGGUGGUGGUGGUGGAGGAGGCGGCGGAGGAGGAGGAGGUGGUGGAGGUGGUGGAGCACCACGUGGAAGAUAUGGGCCUCCAUCCAGACGCUCAGAGUACAGAGUAGUAGUAUCAGGACUGCCUCCAAGUGGAAGCUGGCAGGAUUUAAAGGAUCACAUGCGUGAGGCAGGUGAUGUAUGUUAUGCCGACGUUUACCGGGAUGGUACUGGUGUUGUCGAAUUUGUGCGGAAGGAAGAUAUGACCUAUGCUGUGCGGAAACUGGAUAAUACUAAAUUUAGGUCACAUGAGGGAGAAACUGCCUACAUUCGGGUUAAAGUUGAUGGUCCAAGAAGUCCAAGCUAUGGAAGAUCGCGUUCUCGCAGUCAUAGUCGUAGCAGGAGCCGUAGUAGAAGCAACAGUCGCAGCCGCAGCUACUCACCAAGAAGAAGCCGUGGAUCCCCUCGCUACUCUCCCCGCCACAGCAGAUCUCGUUCACACAUAUCUGAAGAGAUGGAUUAAAGGAUAAUGGAGGACAUUUCAAUCAUUUUAGGAUUGUCAAAUGGAGGCUUGAGGAGGAUCAAAUCAAAUGUGGAGGCCAUGGUUUGGAUUGGAGAGGGCUCACUGGAUCCCAAUCCUGGAACUGGAUCAUUGGAUUCAAAUCAUAGGAAGGAGUGAAUAGGAUAGGGAGAAAGCAUUACCAGGAUUCAUGGAGCGGGAUCAGAUAACAAGGAUCAUAGGAGUGGAUUCCUGCCCAUCUUAACCGCAUUCAUGUGGAUUUUUUAUUUUUUUUUAAAUCCUCAAUUGGCUAUUGUAUAGAAAUUUUUGGAAGCGCUUAGAA